ACUCGAGGACUGUCGCUGCAGUCGUGUCUUUCCUGUUUACGGGCGGGAAGAGCGAAAGAAACUGAAGCUCGGUCUGUACUGCACGUUAUGCUGUAAUAUUCAGCGCGCAGUUGUUUUUAUUUAGAACAUAGCUUAUCAGUUGACAUUAUUUAUGACAGACGCAAUUUCAGGUGACCGGGAUAUAUAUCUGAAUUGGACCGUUGAGUAAAGUUGAAAGGAAUUUGAAGAGGAAAUAGAUGGAGGACCCUGCAGAUUCCGGCGGUGGCGGUGCAGUAGAGGGCCCCAUGGUGCAAGUGGCAGAGAUCUGCUGCCCUGUCGGUGCACGUCCUCUGCGGUUGCUUGAGUGGAAAGUCAAACCCGGGUCACUCGUCAAUGUCGACUCUGUUCUUGCACUAUGUGCUCCUAUUCCGCUGGAAAAGGAGUCCGGCACCGAUGCACUAGAGCAGCAGAAAAGACUGCCAGAAAAGAAGCUGAAAUCAAACCGUGCUGGAGUUGUCAAGGAGCUCUGCUGUCAACUUGGGCAAGUCAUAUCGCCAGGUGGUGUCAUCAUCAGAAUAGAAGAAUGCAGUCAUCCCAUAGUGAUGAAGGGGCUGUGUGCUGAAUGUGGACAGGAUCUAACACAGCUACAGAACAAGAAUGGGAAGCAGCAAGCGCACAUCUCCACGGCAACCGUCUCUAUGGUGCACAGUGUGCCCGAGUUGAUGGUCAGCUCAGAGCAAGCAGAGCAGCUGGGCAGAGAGGAUCAGCAGCGGCUGCACAGGAACAAGAAGCUGGUUCUGAUGGUGGAUCUGGACCAGACGUUGAUCCACACCACCGAACAGCACUGCCAGCGAAUGUCCAACAAGGGAAUCUUCCACUUCCAGCUGGGGCGCGGAGAGCCCAUGUUACACACCCGACUGCGGCCACACUGCAAGGACUUCCUGGAAAAAAUAGCCAAGCUCUAUGAGUUGCAUGUCUUCACUUUUGGGAGCCGCCUGUAUGCACAUACCAUUGCAGGUUUUUUGGACCCAGAAAAGAAACUAUUUUCGCACCGCAUUCUCUCGAGAGACGAGUGCAUCGACCCCUACUCCAAGACGGGGAACCUUAGGAACCUUUUCCCUUGCGGCGACUCCAUGGUCUGCAUCAUUGACGACCGCGAGGACGUGUGGAAGUUUGCGCCCAACCUCAUCACGGUGAAGAAGUAUAUCUACUUCCAGGGCACAGGGGACAUCAACGCCCCUCCAGGGUCACGAGAGGCACAGAUGGCAAGAAAAGGUGGAGGCCAGGCCAGCAAGGCAGCAGAGAGCUCGGGGACGGCGACGGCGGGAACGUCGGCAGCAGAGGAGCACAACAACGGCCUCAGGAAACGGGGGAAGGACUGCAACAACGGCGGCAGGGAGGAGACGGCCGCACCCCCAACCACUCAGGAAGCACCCGCCAACCAACGGACUCGGCCGGAGGAGUCCGCCGAGGACGGGGCGAGUCGGGGCACGGGAGCCGAGGCAGAGGGCGGGCAGGGGAGCGCCAUGGCACAGGUACGCGACGGCACGAAUGCAAAAGGAGAGGACGGCAGCAGGACAUUGGGAACGGAGGAAACCGCACAAGCCUCCGAUCCAGGACCGGAGGCCAACAACCUGGACUUUGACCUCUCCAGCGACAGCGACAGCGACUCCCCCAGGGACAAGCCCCCCUCGUCAGACAGCGACGUGGAGGGGAAGCUAAGCCGCUCGAGGAUACCCAAAGUGGAGGGAGGGGUUCCCGAGGAUUCUGCCCUCAAGGAGGUGGAGAACAACGGGAGCGGAGCAGCUGGAGAGAACAGCUCCGAGGCGGGGGAACCUCCAGGAGUGGUUCUCCCGGACCCAGAGCUGGGGAACGGCUGCUCCGAGCCAGACAGGAGGGAGGCCGAGACAGAGUCCCAGAACAGCGAGCAGUCCGGGGUCACCAUGGGCGAGGAGUCCCUGGACCAGAGCAUGGAGGAUGAAGAGGACGACGAAGAAGAGGAGGCCGAUGUGGACCAGGACGACCACCUGAUCUACCUGGAGGGGGUUCUGGAGAGGAUCCACGCCGAGUACUACGCCCGCUACGAGGCCUACCUGAGGAAGGAGAACACCGAGACCCCAGACAUCCGUAAAAUCGUCCCAGAGCUGAAGAGCAGGUCUCUGGAGGGCACCACGAUCGUGUUCAGCGGCCUCUAUCCUACCAACUACCCCAUGGAGAGGACGCGCGAGUGCUACCAUGCCAAGGCUCUGGGGGCCAAGAUCGGCAAGGGCCUCGUGCUCAGCUCCAAGGAGUCCGGAAGCACAACGCAUCUCAUCGCUGCACGUGCUGGCACAGAGAAGGUGCGUCAGGCUCAAGGCUGCAGGCACCUCCACGUGGUCAAUCCUGAUUGGCUGUGGGGCUGUCUGGAGCGCUGGGAGCGUGUGGAUGAAGUGCUGUACCCGCUGAAGGAGGACUACACCAAGACACAGCGGAGCAGCAGCCCGGCUACGUUCCCUGACGUUCACGGGGCCUUCCAGAACCCUCUCUACCACCCAGUCCCCAUCCACCACAAAGUGCAGCCCUCUGCGCCCGAGGUCCGAACGUACGACCCCGUCACGGGGAAACUGAUCCGCAGGGGUCCUCAGGCCUCUCGUCCACCAUCUUACUUCCAGGCCCCGGGCUCGUGUUUGUCGAUGCCUGCUCACGGAGAGCCGUCCUCUCACAGGGGUUCCCAGAAGCCUCAGCAGCAGGGCGAUGGGGCCGUGGCGGGGUCCAGCCAAGACGACGAGCAGCCGGGGCCGUCUCGCAGGAAACGUCAGCCCAGUAUGUCGGAGAGCAUGCCCCUGUACACCCUCUGCAAGGAGGACCUGGACAGCAUGGACAGAGAGGUGGACGACAUUCUGGGCGAGGAGAGCGAUAAUGAGAGCGAGGAGCGGGGGAAGAAGCUCGGCGAAGAGGAGGAUGAAGAGGAGGAGGCAGAGCGGUCACAGGUGGGCGCGUCGAGAACCCCGAAGGGAGAGCAGCACGGCUCUCAGGCCCUCGGCACCGUCGUCAAGGAGAGGACGGAGACACGAUGGAGCGGCGAGGGCAGCCCGGCAGACAAUGUGUCAAGGGGACACAAACGAAAGCUUGACGAGGCCAAAGGAGAAGAGGAGGCGGGCGACUCGGUGGACGAGUCCACCAAGGACUCCAACGAGGAGGAGGGCAGCAGCUCCGAGGCAGACGAGAUGGCGGCCGCCCUGGAGGCAGAGCUCAAUGACUUCAUGUGACGCGGAGGACGUGUUGUAGAGAGAGACUCGGUGACCCACAGUUGACGGGAAUGAUCCCAGCGAGCCCCUUGAAUAUGUGGUACCUGUGGAUCCUAACUCUUAUCUCUGUGUGCUUUGGGAAUGUGUGUGUGUAGUUAGUAUGCGGUAUGAAUGUGUGCUGUAACAAAGUGAAUGUGUCGUACAAACAAAAAAAACGAGUCCCCUAGCAGCAGAUGGUGUGUACAUGUAGAGCUAGAUAAUUUUUAGGUUUGAUAUAGAAAUUAUUGACAU